GUGCCUUUCGUGGCGAGGAACUAUUGCGUCAUGGGCAAGAUGGCGGAUUAACCAAGCCGAGACCUACAUGGUUCUGUUACUUGUCAUUUAAGGACCUUUUGUUUCUCCCAAGAAAUACAUUAGUAAAACAGGUCUGGAUGUUUCGGCGCUCAAGGUUCAGCGUUCGUCCCAAUGUGGGUGGACCUGGGAGGACAGCAGCACCGCCACAGGAAGCUGCUCCGGUGGGUCAGGAGGAGGCCCCCCGGUCCCCGAAAGACAUCAGCAACGGUGUUUCUAUAUCUGUUGCUGGCACUGCACCUGCCGCCUCAGGAGAUGGAAACGAUCCAAGUGGGGAAGGCUGCAGCUCCUCAGCUGCAGUCCAGAGAAGAAAGCGCUUUUCUAUCAAGCCCAAAGUGGCCCCGGGUCGCCCCGCUACCCUCCCUCGAGUACCCAAGUCUCCCGCCAAGGUGGUCUCUGAAAGUCCAGCAAAAGUGUCAGAACUUGAGUCGACAACAUCCAAUGAAGUUCACACUCCAGCAGCCACACAGAGCCUCCAGUGUCCAUCGCCACAGAAGCCCUCGGCGGAUAGCAAGCUGCCUUGUGUACAAUCCACUUCUGUCUCCUGUGACGGGUCUGGAGACACCCUAAAAGAAAGCCACUCCCUGCCAAGAGGUGGCAAAAAGCCAGAGAAGACAUCUGACUGUUUCAUCAAAGUUCCUCCUAGACCUCUGGAUAAAGUUUCCCUCCCAGACAGAGAAUCUGCUGAACUCUCAGAAAAGGCCAAGACUCUCCUGUCAUCAAAGGGCAGGUCAUCAAUUCCCAAAUUCUCCCUGAGUCGACUUUUAAAUGAUCCAUCAGAUGUUCAGAGGCUGGAAAAGGCUCAGAAGCUACGAGACCUGCUCAAACAGGAGAUGCGCAAAGAGAAGGCUAGGAGGAGGUCCAAGAAGCACCUGAAGGAAUUUAGUGUGGAUCCCACCAAAAUGACCAUGAGGGACCUUAUUCGGUACCUACCGCUGUCCAACCCUAUGUCGUCCAGUAUUGAAGACGGCAAUCAGGAGAAUGAGACUGUUAUUCCAUUUUCUCCAAGACUAGAAAUACCACCAGAGAGAACGCAGAAACCAGAACCUGAGGUUGUCCCCAAGACAGGAAAGCAGACGGAGGAGGAAGAGGAGGAAGGUGAGGAGGCGGGGCAGGAGGAAGAGGAAGAGGAAGAUGAGGCGCUGAUGGUUCCGCAGGUAAAAGUGGCAGAAGACGGCACGCUGAUCCUGGAUGAGGAGAGUUUGACCGUGGAGGUCCAGAGAACCAAAGGAGCUAACCCUGUAGAAGACAGAGACCCCAUCUUUGAACGCGGAUCCACCACCAUGUACUCCAGUUUCAGGGCAUCCACGUAUUGCAAGCCCUGGUCCAGUGAAGAGACAGACAUGUUCUUCCUGGCUAUCAGCAUGGUGGGGACAGACUUCUCCAUGAUCUGUCAGCUUUUCCCCAACAGAACUCGAUCUGAGAUAAGGAACAAAUUUAAGAAAGAAGAGCGGCUAAAUUCCUGGAGAGUGGACAAAGCCUUCGAAGAGAGACGCAAGCUGGACAUUGAGUAUUUUUCUAAGCUGCUGCAGAAGGUACUGGAACUUCAGGAAAGCAGGAAGAAACUCAAGCUGCUUGUGGAGAAGAACGCUCCCAGGAAGCGCCAGAGGAAGUCAAAGGGCACAAAGAGGAAAAAAGCUGCCAGCGAGCUCAGUGGCAGCGAGGAUGAAGAGGACUUGGAAGAGGAUGUCCUCUCUAGCUCUGAGGCGGAGGACAGAGAGAAAGAGAACGAGGAGCUCUGCAAGGAGGGAGGAGCCUUAGUCUCUAAGGCCAAGAGGAAACGCAAACGCAGGAGUGAGGAGGACGUCUCUGCUCCAAAGUUGAUGAAGGGGAAAAGGAAGACGCACAACGAAGAAGAUGAGGCCUGCAUCCCCAAAGACACAGAAGCUGCACUUCCUGAGGAUCAUCCCAACUCUGAAGUGUGUGAAAGUGCUGAGAUGGAGAAAACGUCAAAGGGAGCCUCGGUUCAGGCAGCUAGGCUCUCUCGAGGCAGAGCGACCAAACCUGCCGUGCCUCUGGGCCCAAAGCGGAGUAAAAAGCUCUCAUCUCCUCCCUCGGCAGACCAAGGGGGAGAUGGUGCAUCUGCUGAACAGGACAACACCUCUAAAGAGCAGGCCAACACGGGGACAUCACCUUCAAGAGAAACCAGCGAUGCUGAUAUUGACGACUCCUCUGGCGAUGAAGACUACCCCAUUAAACCUGCAAAAGCCACCAGGUACGGCAGAGUCCCCAAACCUACUGCACUUUUAAAUUACUCCGCCAAGGAGGACUCGCCUACCACUCAGCCUGAACUCCAACCCAAGAGGAGCAGAACAGCCAAGGCAUCGCCAGCUACCCCGGCAGCCAAAAAGCCCAAACUGGGCAUGCCCAGAGCAUCUGGGUCUGAACCCAGCAAGGGGAAGGAUGACGACACGGAGGAGCGGGGGUCCUCCAGCGGUGGCGCCAGGGAGGAGUGCAGCACUCCAGUGCCUGCCAGCCCGAGAUCUUCCCAUGCCGCCAUCCUACAGGAAGAAGAGGAGAUAGCAGACGAGCUCGAUAUCUUUGCCGAUAUGUCUGUGUUGGACAUGUCCCAAGAUGCACUCUGCCUCAACUCAUCGUGUGAGCGUGCCCAAAUUGAGACCGGGUCAAGAGAACCUUGUGUGCAUCAGUUGGACCUUCUGGUCGAUGUCAUAGACUUCCUUUCCUCCGAGCACACUGAAGUGUCUGAGGCUCAGAGCUACAACGAGGCCGCUCAAACUCUGCUCACCAUCGGCCAUGUCUCUCAGCUCCCCACUCAGGACCAAAACACAGGCAUACCUUUGGACGUUGGAAAUGAAACUUGUCUACGUUUGGAAGAGGAGAUUGUAGCGGAGUUAAUGGAGGAAAACAAUUCCAGACCAGUUCUGCCUGUAUCUGCCGGUAUAUACAACACAGAGUCUUCACCUCAGAUUGGUGAAGGCAUGGGCGAAGAACAGAGACCAGCAUCAGACCCUGACUCAACCCUACCAUCACAAUCAAGCCCACAUACCAGAAAAGCUCACUCAUCCGAGGUGAAACCAAAACCUGACCUUGCCAGAGCCUCAAGAGAACCCGAAACAUCAGCAGCGGAGAUCCAUAGUGCUGCUCCUGACUUGUCUAAAGAAACAACUCCAAACAUGGCAGACUACAGCCAGCCUUCCAAAGAACAGACAUGUGACGUGGAACAGGCCGUCAUGGAGGACAAGUGUACAGAUGCUGAAACAAACGGCAGCUCUCCAAAUGCUGGACCUGCACUCACAGAAGCACCAGCUCAGCAAUCAGGUGAAGAUGCUGGAGACACCGUGCCUGAAAACUCCAGUACACCCCCGUCAUCUAAAGCCAUUAGGAGGAGGCCAUUCCAGAGGAUCAAACCAAAACCGAACAUUCCCCAAAUAUCAAAACAUCAAGCCACCAAAGAGGCUAGCCUGCCUUCCAAUCUGGAAUCAACCUCCAAAACCACAUCUGAAGUACAGCCGCAAUCUACUUUACAUGCUGACCAAACAGGUCCCAGUCCAACCGUGGAGGUAAGCUCUACUCUGCCGUCUGCAGGGGAAGCGACUUCUAGUAAUGUGGAGAAGACUACCGAACCUGCUGAUCAGGUCAGGAGUGAGCCGCAGCCCACAGAUGCUGAGAAGAUUCAAUGUGCCCCGAAUAACAUCACAGAAGCACCAGCUCAACAAUCAAACGCAUCAUUGCUCCAAGAAGGUGGCGAUCAUGGCGUCAUGCCAGAAGUAAAUCAAUGUCACAACUCUAGCACUCGGCCAUCAUCUCAACCCACCAGGAAGACUCGAUUCCCGAGGGUCAAACCAAAACCAAACCUUCCACAGAUAUCAAAAAGCGGACGCUCUACACAUCAAACCACAAAAGAAACGCUUCUGUCUGCAAAUCAAGAGUCAAGCAGCAAAAGAGCAGCUAAAGUAGAAUCUUUCUCCACAGAUAAACCCAGUCAAAGAACUUCAGCUGUGACGCCAUCCGUGGGGUGCAGCACCAGCAUGAUCCCUUCAGAGGAGGCUCCUAGUCCGCGUCAGGAGGCAGAAGCUGACCAGGGUUUCCCAACACAGGAUUCUGGAAAGGAAAAUCAACGAAUUAAAUCACUCUGCUUCAACCCUGAAAGAACUCUGAUUUCUUCUAAUAAUGAGGUUCCAUCAGCAUGUGGCCCUCAUGCAGAGCAGGCUGCAUCUCACCAAGGCGGCAAACUCAGGGAGAAAAGCUCCAACUCUGCCCUGAAGCCUGACUCUUCUAGCCAUUCAAGCGUAGAAGCCCCAUCACCAGCCUUGCCAUUGGAGCCCACACCGGAGCACCCUUCUUCUUCUGGAGAUAACAAGAAGGAAGUUAGCUCAGAGGAAUCAAAGUACACUCCAGAAACAACUCAAAGGCGGCAACACCUCCCCAAAGUCAAACCCUAUUUGACAUCCCCUGCUAGAGCGAUACGCUGUGUGUCGCAGUCAGGGGAUGGAGGUGAACUCUCAAAGCAAACCUUAUCUUAUCUUCACAUAUCUUCACAACAUCAGCUAGUAGAAGAAAGGUCAGAACCACAGUCUGGAAAUAACGAGGAAGUGGCAACAGCUUGCAAAGAAAGGCCAAACGACACAGCUCCUUGUCAGGACAAGGCAGAGGGCGGGACUUCCUUGGAAUCCGAUGGCCACGUGAUUCCUGCCCUGCCCUCAAAUGUCCAGCCAGGUGAAGAUAUUGUCAACAUGCCGUCCCUUAGAUGCUUAGAUGAUCCUACGUUGCCAAAAACCUCCACAACAACUAGAAGACCCAAACCCAGCCCAUCCACAAGCCCCCCCCGGCCCCAAGAAGUGGCAGAUGCAGGUCUGACAGCCUUGACGCGUGCUCCUGUUCCUCUGCACACGCCCGACCCUGUGGUGCCAGCAGAGGGAGCUGUUGAGGAUCAACCCACGUUGACGACGGCACAGAACCAAACUCCAGCAGGUCUUUCGAUAUUUCGAGACACACUGUCGGUGCCCUCGGAUCCUGAUGAACCAUUUUUUAUCCUCUCCCUGACUGAGAUCCCAGUCGUCUGUGCCGGGGAGGUACCGGCCGCCGCCCCGCAGCCGCCACCUCCACUCCCUGAAGCACAUGCGUCAGGGCAGCAGAGUCUUGCCGUGGACACCGUGGCAGCAGGGCAGGUUUCUUCCACGGCCGACCUCCUCCCAUCCAAUGAUGAGACGUGCACCACCACGGGUCCAGCCGUGGAGGAUCCUGUAGCGUUCCCAGAGGAACAGCAGACGCAGGCGUGCACCUCGGCAGCACCAUGGAGAGCAGCAAGUUCUCCCAAAAGGAAACCCAAAGGCUUCCUGUCCUUCCUCUCUGGAACAGGCAGUGCCACCCAGUCCGAGUCCACACGACUCAAACCCGCUUCCAGACGACCAACAGUUAAAGCUUUACAGAGACAGAGACCUCCACGCCACAACAACACCAGCACCAUCACACAAGCACCAGUGGACACCAGCCUACCAGAUCCAGUGGACACCAGGCUACCAGAAGCAGCGGAACCAGAAGCACCAGUGGAGACCAGCCUACCAGAUCCAGUGGACACCAGGCUACCAGAAGCAGCAGUGGAAUCUAGGCUACCAAAACCAGAAGCGGCAGAACCAGAAGCACCAGUGGACACCAGGAUGCCACAACCAGAAGCACCAGUGGACACCAGGAUACCACAACCAGAAGCGCCAGUGGACACCAGGAUACCACAACCAGAAGCGCCAGUGGACACCAGGAUACCACAACCAGAAGCGCCAGUGGACACCAGGAUACCACAACCAGAAGCAGCAGUGGAGACCAGGAUACCAGAACCAGAAGAAGCAGUGGACACCAGGAUACCAGAACCAGAAGCACCAGUGGACACCAGGCUACCAGAAAUGCAUGCAGCUCCUCGUGGAGCUGAGGUUUCAGUAUGUGAGGAACACAGCAGCACGGCGGUCCAAGAAGAACCCACUGACGUGUCCCAGUACUUCCUAAGAGACAUUUUUACUGACAUCCAGGACACAUGAUCAUGGCUGUACGUUACCGCUAUACAUUUUUUGCUAGAACUCUGAAUCCAACUGGAUGAUAUUGUCAUUUAUUUAAAUUUAAUUAAAUGUAUUUGUAUUUUUCUAACUAGUCAAUACAUAUUCACUUGUUUCACUCAAAAGAUUGUUUGGGAAUUAUCUGUCCUCAAUCUUAUAUACUAUGCUACUUAUACACAUUUACACUAUGUAUCACAUUCACUAUAUACACAGAAGUAUGAAAAAGUUUGGGCACCCCUGAUCAUUUUUGAUCAAAUUAAUUCCCUCACUAUGUUCAUCAGAGUGGAACCUGAUAGCUAAAAUAUCUGACCUAGCUUUUGUAUCCUAUGUAUAUAUAUAUAUAUACACGUGUGUGUGUGUAUAUGUGUAUAUAUAUAUAUGUGUAUAUACAGGGGGGAAAAUAAGUAUUGAACACGUCAACAUUUCUCUCAAAAAACAUAUUUCUAAUCGAGCUAUUGACAUGAAAUUUUCACCAGAUGUCGGCAUCAACCCAAGUAAUGCACACAUACAAAGAAAUCCAAACAUUUAUGUCCAUAAAUUAAGUUAUGUGUAAUAAAGUGAAAUGGCACAGGGAAUAAG